AUAAAUAAUGUAAACUGAGGAGCUUUCAAAUCAUAGAACGAAAAAACUAUUCGACUUGUCAGUGAACUUGUUGUCUUUCACGUCUUUUUUCCCCUUCUCUUUCGGACAGUUUGACUAGGCUAGGUGUGAUGAGAGUGCCAGCAGCGCUUUCACAAAAUAAUGACAGUGAUAUUGGAAAGUUGAACGUACGUUGUCAUUUACUGUGGUUGAAUAAACUCGUCAAAACACUAAAAGAAAACACUGUUGUGCCCAGUCCGAAAUUAUGAUGGAAAACUUCAAACCUAACAUUUCUUUGGGUUUUUUAAAUGUUGCAAAGUUUAAUACGAUCCUCUUGAUAGGGCCUAGUUAGUAGUAGUUGUUGACCUUUUGUUGACCUCCAUGUUGUCUUGUUUCUAAACAUAGUGCGCAUAAACAGUCCAGAUUUGUGGUUGAAAGUGUGGAUAUUAACUCUUCAAAACACUCAAGAAGACAUCCAGUUGUGUAAUGAAAGUUAUCAUAAAAGUCCCAGUCCGAAUUUUUUUUUUUUUUUUAAUGUUACAGAGUUUACCAUCCUUGUGUGUGAUUAUGGCUGACCUUUAUUGACCUCUUGUCUCUGUGCACACAGUGGACAUAAACAGUACAGAUUGGAUGGGAGUGUAUUCCAAGAAUCUCAGGUCCAGUAGAGUUUAGUGUCAGUACGUAUCAACAAUGGCGAUCUUUCUUAAUGAGGAUAUCACUAAACUACUAUGGAACAAGUUUGUUGUCAUCAUUGGGGAUUCAAUUCAGCGAGGCAUUUACAAAGACUUAGUUUCUUUGUUGCAAACAAACGUCUACCUGACAGAAAACAACCUCAAGAGAAAGGGAGAGAUGAGUUUCAAAGACGACAUCCUGAUUGAAGGAGGACGUAAAGAGGAAAUGAACAAUGGUAUCAACUAUAGAGAAGUCCGCCAGUACAAAACGGACUAUCACAUCAUCAGGUAUUAUUUUGUCACGAGGGCAUAUAACAAAUACAUGGAGACGAUCUUGGCCGACUUCGAGAAUGAUCCUCAGCCCGACGUUGUCCUGAUGAAUUCAUGCUUAUGGGAUAUCUCACGCUACGGAUCCCAUGGCAUGAAUUCCUACAAGACCAGUCUUGAGAAGACGUUUUGUAAGAUGCAGAGCGUCCUACCUCCAGAGUGUCUCUUCAUCUGGAAUACAGCGCUCCCAGUUGCUAAUAAAAUCCGUGGUGGAUUUCUCCUUCCAGAGCUCAAUUUCCUCUCGGAGACACUUCGCUUAGACGUCAUGGAAGGAAACUUCUACGCCAAGGAACUGGCCAAUGCUUACGGUUUUGACGUCUUAGAUCUCCACUUCUACUUUCGCCAUCAGCUUCAUCGCAGAGUCGCAGACGGUGUCCAUUGGAACCACCACGCCCAUCGUCACAUUUCAAAUAUGAUUCUAAGUCACAUCACUGAGGCCUGGGGUCUGUGUGUUCCGAGAAGAAUAGAAGCGUGGAAGGUACCAGCAGACAGACCAACCGACCAAUCACGGGGUGACUUUCAUAAAGAUAUCAGUCUCAGCGCUCCUGCUCACGGACCGCGAACAAGACGCAAUAGCAGCGGUGACUCGCCUCAAUUUAUCGAUUUUGACAAAGUGGCUUCUCCUAUGAUUAAGAGUCCUUCCAUACCCAUGCCGAUCCAAACAGUAGUGUCUUGCAAUAAUGGCCCACAACAUCCCAGUCAAACCUACAAUGGUCCGGUUCGAUCUAAUCAGAAUAGACAAGCAGGGCGAUACAAUCCCUACGGGGGUGGGGGAGGGUGUAGACAAGAUUGGCAUGAGGGAGGGGGGGAUUGGGGAAUGCAGGUUCAGAAUCAGCAACCCUUGUAUGGUUUGGAAGAGAGACGUAAGAUGCGGAGGGCGUGGGAAAGAGAGGAAGAGUUGAGAUGGCUCGCAUUCAGAUACCAGUAA